AUGGCAACAAAUGGUACUGACGAGUUUGAUAUCGCGAAGGUUAGUGGAAGAUUUAUUGCCCUCACUCCUAUUUCCCUCUCCUUGGCCAUUCCCUCUCCUACACCAGGGUCGUCUCACCUGGGGCACGGGGGUGCUCCUUUUGCGAGACCGCAAUCCCAAUGGCGGGGGGAGACCACGGCGUCAGCCCUAGAGAACCAUCUAAGUGCCCUAGAGGGCAAAGUUGACGACCUUCUCGCUCUCUUCGAGGUUCAGUCCUCUACUCAAGGGGAUAUUGGAGCUCCAAACUCCGGAUUGAGCAAUGAGCAAGAGUUGAACCUCAAAUCGGAGGAGCGGAAACCUUGA